CUUUACAGCCCUCGCAAGCCAGCUCUUCCAUCUCCACGCAGUACAGGCCCAGGGGAGCCUUGUGCUUCCGGCAGAUCGGCACGGACGCCGUCAUCUCUGGCGAGGCGGCCAUUUUCUGCACGGCCCGCUCAUUACUCACAGCGCAGAGAGGACACCUCGGAGAGAGAGCCUCACGCAUGCCGUUCCCUCUGACUGUGAGACCAGAGGGAGAGAGAGAGAGAUAGAGAGAUGGGAGGACUUCAGACCAGUCACCUGGGUCCAGCACAACGCAAGAACCUGGCUGGACACACAGCGGCAGUGCUGAAGGAGUUCUCCUCCCACUUUGGCCGGCAGCUCGGCGCUGCUAUCCUGGAGCGGGCACAGGAAGAGGCGGGGCUUAGGGAGACACCGGGCACGCCUGCAGUGCUGCUCCAACAAGACCCAGUGGCAGGGGGGGAGGUCAUGCUAGAGGGAACAUUGCUGCAGUAUCUGGAUGGCAAGUGGAGGAAGCGCCACCUACAGGUCACUAGGAGCUUCACAAUGGAGAGCCGUGACUCCAAAGAGGUGUUUGGUGGAGGCUGGGAGUGCCACACGGAUUUUACUCUCACUGGCUGCCAGAUUUGCACCACCGUACAGCAACACCGCCAUCUAGUGGAGGACGCAUGUCGACACAUCUCAGUAAGACCAAGGGGGAAGAUGCCAUUUUGGGACUGCCCCACAGAGUUCCCCAUAUUCAUUCAGCACCAGUACAGCGCCCCCCUGUGUUUGUGCGUGGAAUCGCGGGAGGCGCAGCGACUGUGGGCUCGGCUCCUGCAGAGGGCCGUGCAGCACCAGAGCACAGUUCUCCAGAGAAAGAAUUCCUUUGAGUCGAGAGUGUUUCUGGAGGCGGAGUUUUCCUUCAGGCAGGAGAGGGGCACCUAUGAGCCAGGGGUCCUGGGGAUGGGCAGCGAGGAAGAGGUAUUGUGCAGUCUGGUUAUGGAGGAGAUUCUGCCCUACCUGCAGCAUCAAAUCUUCCCCAGACUCAUCCUCAGGAAGGGGACACUCACCUGGAUUAAGCUGCUGGCUGAGGUUCACAGCCAGGUGUGUGCUCAGGUGAAGGCUGAGCUGAAGGAUAUGAUGAACGAGCUGUCACAGCAGCGCCCCCUGCUGGAGAAGCUUGUGAGGUCAGACCUGCACCAGCUCACUGCCCUGCAGGAUUGCAUCGCCCACAGAAUUACAGAGGGCGUCUGUGCGGAGAUCUCCCUCUGCCUGUCCCGCGCCGUCAUCCCCCUGCUGGACCGCACCGUCCACGAGGUGGCCACGCCCGUCUGCGACGGGUUCGCUGCCGCCUGGCAACUCUUCCUGGAGACGUGCGACGACGUCACCGCCAAGGGCUGCUCCGGCCAAUCGCUUCACGAGAUACUGAGUCCUCUCGACAGCCUAGGCCCGGGCACAGCCAGGGCCUCGCGGUACCUCGCCAUGCUGGAGCUGAGUGCAGGGGGGCGGGCUUGGCUGCAGGCGAGUUGGGGGAUCCACCGAGACUUCUUCAGGCUUUUUGUCUACCAGGCCCAAAGCACGCUGCUGCAGCUGAUGGACAGAGCAGUGGCAAUGUUCAGGCGUCUGCCCUCAGUGCAAAUCCAAUUUUGUACCGACCCCUCCCAGCUCAGCUCCGCCCUGCACCGGGUUCGAGACCAAGUGCUCGAGCAGUUGGAUCAGGACCUCAGGAGCAUUCGGGCCCAGCUGGUUCUGGAUUGUGUUCUCCAGCUCUCUCUUCCUGCACUAAUCCAGAAGCUACAAUGGCUGAGACCGGAGCACUAUCAGCCCCGAGGGCACCCUGAAUACGCCCCUUUCCUGCACCCAAACAUCGUACACCACCGAGUGCUGAGGGCCAGCCUGACCAGAGAGAUCCGAGCAGUGAUUCGAGACUCCCUCCCCCAGGACUGCGUCUCUCUGUCACCUGAGGUCCACCUCCCCAGCUCGGAGCCCCCCGGUGGCCGCCUGAAGAACUGCACCCAGCUGCCUGACUAACUCGACCUCACCCCUGGCUCCAGUUCCAACUGAAUGUCCCGGGCAUGCGAGUCACAGCAGGAAAUAUUUAAGUGAAACUGUCUGUUACUUCAGCUUCGGGGUAAUGUAUCUCUGUGCUUCAAGGGUUGAAGUAGGGAGGGUAGUUAUUUUGAAUAACUUACCCCCUUUAGAUACCAUUUCCACAGAUUAGUGGCCAUUUUUAAAACAAACCAAUAUGUUCACCAGUAUUCAGAACAAAUUAUUAUUCCAUAUGAACAUGUUUUGGACAUUUUUCACAGAAAAUUCUCAGGGAACUGUUUUCAGAUUGUACCAGCAAUAUAUCUACGUCUGGUUUCAGCAACUUGUAGAACUGCAGAGUGGUUUAACUGAUCGUUGAUACAUAAAUGCAUUUUGAUUGUACUUUUUUUUAUUUUUUUUUUUAAUAAGACUUUUAUGUAAAAAUAAAAAUAAGUAUGACGAAAUGUGGGGAAAUUAGUGAGGAAAAGGCCAGGCUAUGAAGGCAGAUUCUACACUAAAGCAGGCUUUCAAAAAACAAACAUUUUCGUUUUGAGACCCCCCCAAAAAGGACGACCCUGUCUCUGAGGUACCUCUAUAAACCAGUAAUCAGGUGACACCUCAACCAGGCAGAAAGACUGACAGGCUGAAACUGCUAGUUAACCUUAUAUCGAUAUGGAGGUACUUAUAAACCUGUGGUCCUCAAUCAUUGCUGCAACCAUUGCCUCACAAAUAAGAAUAUUUGACCACUAUAUCUACCCAUCACAGCACCCUGACAUUGUUUUAUCUGAAAGCGCAAAAUGUGUCAUUUAUGAAACAUGGAAAGAUGAACAAAAAAUAUAUUUAAAUAGUUAUUUACUCCUUCCACAGUUUUUGAGAAUCGCCAACUGAAUAACAUCGUGUGACUCAGUAGCUAUGUAUACAAUGUCCCAUUCGUUUCUACUGUAAUGGUUACUUUGAUAUGUCUGCCUGGGUUCUUGCGGUCUUUGCGUCAAAUGGUUUAUAGACGUAUUUCGUUGUCAGCUGUCUUGUAGCGUUUCAUUAAGCGAACACGCACUCGAAUCCAUUGCCAAGUAGAAAUAGUGAGAACUAAAUAAUAGUUACAUGAACAUUUAACCAAAAAUUAUGGAAUUAUGGAAGAAAGGUUUUUCUUCCCCCAGCUAUGUAACGACGGUUCUGUAGAGAUCGUCAAAGACUGUUACUUCUGAAAUGCUUUCAGUAACGCUCAUUUGAAAGUUCGAAUUGGCAACAAAUAGUGCAAUUUAAACACCCAGUGGGGAGUUACGUGGCUCAGAAAAGAAUGGCAAGUAACACGAACCACGGGUAAUUUGCAGAGGAUGUUUAGGCUCUGAUGUUUGGUCUUCGGGAGGUGGGGAGAGACGGCAUCAUAUUCUUGUUUUGGCGGUCUGUUGCGCUCGAGGGGGGUGGUAUCAUAUUCUGGUUUUGACUGUCAGUUGCGUUGACAAAAACCUUUUAAAACAGGAACAUUUUUUUUA